AAUGCAUUUCUAUACCAUAUGGUGACUGUAUAGCAACAUACUGCUUAUAGUGUCAGUAAAGUACUAUAUAUAUUCCAAAUGAUGUACAGUUCUUUAUAAUCUUCUGGUGUCUCAAAAGUGAGCUGUUUUGUUGCAGAAAAUAACUAACCAGUGGGAACUUUGCACAAUGCAUCAUUCACACUGAUUUCUGCAAAUUAAUUUCACCGUACCUAAUUCCUUUCUGCCUCUUAAAGUGAUAAGCAGGAAUGAGAAAUAUUGUACCUCUACUAGUUUUAAUACAAGCACAACAACCAUGUAGCAGUGGAUAGUAUUUAAAAAAAAUGCCUCUAUUACCAGCCUUCCGCUGCAAAUUGCUGUCAAACUGUAGAGCUGUUUAUAAUAUUUGAUUUAAUCUUCAGUAACGACUAUAUGUCUCUGACAACAAUGUAAUUAUCCUGUAGUGGUAGUUUAAACCAGCUAUUAUCUUUCAAAUACAUGAGACGAGUCUUGUAGGCGAGUACUUAAUUUAAACAUACCCUGCCGGCUUCAUGUUGAAACCUGUCGCUUUAAACCUGCUGAAAUCACAAAUGGCACGUUACUUGCAAACAACAGAGGUAAGACAUGUGCUUCACUCGAUACACAAUGCUGUUUUAAAACUUACAAGAGCAUAAAGGCUAUUUCUAUGAUCGGUACAUCACCACUGAGAGACUCCAUGCAAAAGGUGAAGGGCUGAAAAAUAUAGACAGAGUUCAAGAAAGUUCUUAGUUCUGCAUGCUCAAGCAGGAACUGCAGACAAGAGACAUGGAGUUAGCCCUGCAGGUGAAAUCACCAGAGGAAAAGCCAGAUGAACAUCACAUGAACCUAACAAGGCCGAGAGGAAACUCUACAGCUUUCAGUGAACUUAUGACAAUCAUCUUUCCCGUGUUAUACCUUGUGAUAUUUCUGGGAAGCGUCAUGUUGAACGGCCUUGCUGUAUGGAUUUUUUUCCACAUCAGGAACAAAACCAGUUUUAUUGUCUAUCUAAAGAAUAUUGUGGUAGCUGAUCUUUUAAUGACAGUCUCAUUUCCAUUUAAGAUGAUACAAACCUCUGGAAUUGGACCCUGGAAUUUCAAUGUCUACCACUGCCGAUACAGCAGCAUUUUGUUCUACACAAGCAUGUACAUCAGCAUUAUAUUCCUUGGACUUAUCAGUACUGACCGAUACCUCAAAGUGGUAAAACCGUUUGGGAGUUCCAAAAUGUACAGCAUUAAGUUUACAAAGGUCGUGUCUUUGAUGGUUUGGUUGGUGAUGUCCUUAAUGGCCAUUCCCAAUGUCAUAUUCACGAAUGAACAACCAACCACAGACAACAUUGAUGACUGCAUAUACCUAAAAAGUUCUUUUGGGGCCAAGUGGCAUGAAGCAGUGGCUUAUAUUGAUACUUGCCUAUUUUUCAUUGUGACGAUAGUUUUAAUUGUAUGUUACAUUUCAAUAUCCAGACACAUCCAAAAAUCCAGCAAGCCCUUUGUCAGUUGUUCAAGCCGGACUCGGAGGCACAACCAAAGCAUUCGGGUAGUAGUGGCCGUGUUUUUUAUUUGCUUUCUGCCCUAUCACUUGUGUGGAUUGCCCUUUAUCUUCAGUGGCUUGAACAAAAUUCUGGAUAAGGGAGUAUACACCGUUUUACUUUACUGCAAGGAAUUCACUCUCUUUCUCUCAGCCUGCAACGUGUGUUUGGAUCCUAUAAUAUAUUUCUUUAUGUGCCGAUCCUUCUCACAGAGGCUGUUUAACCGAUCCGGUUUGAGAUCAAGAAGUGAGAGCGUCAGAUCUCUGCAAAGUGUAAAAAAAUCUGAAGUGCGUAUAUACUGUGAAUAUGCAGAAGUGUAAAUAAAGCCGGGGAGGUAAAUAUCACAUGUAAAUAUGUUUCAAUAAAACAAUUUUAUUUUCA